AUGGCCAGCCGCGAAGAAGCAGAAAUACAGGUUUCUGAGCUAGACUUGCUUGCCAGCAUGUUUCCUUACGAGGAGGAGUUUGCUGUGACUGACCAGCUGGCGGUGGCAGAACUGAAGCGCUAUGUUGAGAGUCAGUCUGCAGAGGUGCCCACUUCUAAAGUGCAGUUUGUGCUGAACGUAAAGGCUGAAGUCCUUGAUGCCUCCACGGUGCAGUUCUCUAUGUGCUGUGCUCUGCCAUUUAAAUAUCCAGCUGUUCUACCAGAAAUUACUGUGAGGUCAUCACUACUAAGCCGUGCUCAGCAGAUUCACCUGAACUCUGAUCUAAAAACAUACUUGCUGCAAAACUGCAGUGGUGAGCCUUGCAUGUUGAGUGCAAGGCAAUGGGUUAAAGAUCAUGCAGUUGCUUACAUUGACAGAGAGCUUUCAUCUUCCUCGGUGACAACAUCAGAUGCAAUGCAGGCAGAAGACAUCAUUUUCACUAGAUUAUGGAUUUACAGUCAUCAUAUCUACAACAAGCAAAAAAGAAAGAACAUUAUCGACUGGGCCAAGGAGCUCACUCUCUCAGGGUUUUGCAUGCCUGGGAAACCAGGUGUUGUUUGUGUAGAAGGUCUGCAGAACAGCUGUGAAGAGUUCUGGUCAAGAAUUAGAAGAUUAACAUGGAAGAGAAUUUUAAUUCGUCACAGAGAAGAUGUUUCUUUGAAAGGUGGAACAUGUGAUGAGAUUCAGAAACUAAGAAAAUUCUCCACUUUGGAAGAAAAGUGUUUUGACGCUCAUGGUUCCAGGGGAAAUCAUAUGGAUUUGGGGCAGCUGUAUCAUUUUUUAGAAGAAAAAGGAUGUGCUGAUAUUUUUCAAAUGUACUUUGGAGUUGAAGGACAUUAGAUUGCUACAGAUGCACCUGCCUAUGUGUAAAUUAAUCUUUAAAAGAGAUUCUAUAGUUUUUCUGCAACAGUU